AUGACUUCCACCCUCCUCCACGCGGUCGUGGGUUCACCCACCGCACCCUCUGCUCAGCCGUCAGAUGUCGCGAACAAAGUGCACCAUAAUAAGAAUGGAAAGGGCUUCGUCAACCCAUGGCCCUCGUACGUGGAGAGGACUGGGAUGGAAAUGUUCCGCAAGAUGAUCUGGAUGCGUCUCUCAGGCAAAUGGGUGAAUCCAGACACCACUCCACCCACCAUCCCAGUCCAUAAACCCAGCUUCCUGCCUACCAGACAGACAGACAAGCUCCGCGCAACAUGGCUGGGUCACGCAUGCUACUACGUCGAAUUCCCCGGCGGCCUACGAGUCCUCUUCGACCCAGUCUUCACGGAUCGCUGUAGUCCCUACCAAUGGAUAGGCCCGAAACGGUAUACAGACAUGCCAUGCGAGAUCGAGGACCUCCCUUUCAUCGACGCGGUGGUGAUAAGCCAUAAUCACUACGACCACCUGUCUCAUCCCACCCUCCAGAAGAUCGCGCACAAGUACAAGAACGUUCACUUCUUCGUCCCGCUAGGCAACAAACCCUGGUUCAAACACAUGGGUCUCGAUGACACCAACGUCCACGAACUAGACUGGUGGGAGGAGAAGGAGAUCACCCUCUCGCCGGCUGACCGAGGAGAAGGAGAUCAGUCUGAUGCUGGCGAUGUCUCCGCAGUAAUCGGCUGCCUACCCUGCCAACACACAAGCGCGCGAACAGCCUUCGACAAAGCCCACACCCUCUGGGCCUCGUGGUCCGUAACCUCCGGUGGCAAAAAAGUCUGGUUCGGAGGCGACACAGGCUACCGCACCGUCCCCGAGCUCCCGAAAGAGGAAUUCGACUACGGGGAGAAACACGCCGAUCUUCCACACUGCCCUGCGUUCAAGGAAAUAGGCGAUCUGCGAGGACCGUUUGACUUGGGUCUGAUUCCGAUUGGGGCGUAUGAUCCGCGGUUUAUCAUGAGUCCUAUGCAUGCCAACCCGUAUGAUUCCGUCAAUAUUUUUGUUGACACCAAGUGUAAGAUGGCGCUUGGUAUCCACUGGGGUACGUGGGUUUUGACUACGGAGGAGGUGCUUGAGCCGCCUAGGGUGUUGAAGCAGGCUCUGAAAUGGAAGGGGCUGGAGGAGGAGGUGUUCAAUACUUGUGAUAUUGGCGAUAGUCGGGAGUUUGACUGA